GUGUUUGAGUUUGGCUUGUAGUGAAGGUAAAUCUUGUUAUGUCGGUUGUGAUUUUAAUGGUCUCGUAAGCGCGGCUGCAUGCCAAGAUGGGAGCAUGUUGGGAGCCCAAGAGGACAUUGGUAAUGGAGAAUACAGAUUAGCCGGAGGUGUGCGGUAGUGAGACGAGGACACCGCGGCGCCCGACCAGGAUGACCGCCAUGUCAGCAGAGGAUCACGAGGAAAUAACCGUCGACGGGGCCUCGAGUCGCGAGACUUCUCCCGCGCCGGUGUCUCCCGCCCGCGCCCGCAGCAGCUCCCCGCUGGAUCUCAGCAGGGACGAGCCCCUACACGCCCGCCAUGGUGACGCCCGCAGCCCCAAGGGCCAGCAUGGCAGGCUCUCCUUCAGCAUAUCUUCCCUGCUGGAAUCGUCGGGUCGCGCCGCGGCGCUCAGACACAGACUCCUGGAGGAGGGAAGCGAGUCGGAUCGCGAGUGUGAAGGCGGCUACGCCGCGGAACUGGAGCGCCGUAGCCGCCACAGUGACAGAGACAGUGAACGGUGUGAGCGCGACAGUGAACCCAGCGAGAGGGAACGCGACGCGGAUGACCGCGAGAGGUUAAGUUGUGCCGGGAGCGAGGCAGAGGGCGACGAUGACGAAGGGGAGGCGCGGCCCUUCCAGCCCUUCACCUACACACACAUGCCCUUCAUGGGCGCCGGCGGCCUCCUGCCGCACUUCAACCUGAUGCCGCCCAUGAGCGCUGCCGCAGCUGCGGUGGCCGCGGGCCUGGGCACCCAGGCCUCCCUGCAGCACCUGUCAGGGCCGGGCGGCGUCAUCCGGGUGCCGGCCCAUAGGCCCUCAGUGGGGGGCGCCGGCCCUGGCACCGCCCUGGGGGCCAUGCUGCCCCACAUGGGGGGCGCCCCGCUGCCCUGGCUGGCAGGUCUCACGCCCCUGGAGCGGACGGCAGCCAUGGCCCAUCAUCUGUCAGCGUUGGCGCCCAUAACAGGUGAGACGGUGGGCGUAGGUGCUGUUGUUCCCUAG